AUGUCUCUUGAUUGCCGUGGUGUCAAAGUCCAAAUGAUCUGUGAAGAAGAAAGUUUGCUCUUCUAUGACAUGCAGGAGCAGUCCAACAAGACGACCGCUUACAUUGCCAGUAUAGCAGGCCAGACCUUCCAAUUUACUAUCUUGAAUGGGCGUCGCAUGCAGCAUCAUCUUGUUCGUGCGAACACUAUCACCGCUCUGGAAGGGCCUACUAUGGGCGAUCUUCUACAGCGGUAUCGAUUUUCCACCUUAUCUACUAUUGAUUCAGACUCCGUUGACGCAAAUACUCAGCCUGAUCUUCAUAAGCUGGGCACGAUAGAGUUAAAGAUUCUGCGAUUGUCCAAAAUUGGUGAACCCUAUUAUGAUUCAGACCAUGUAAAUGCUCGAACCAAGAAUAUUGGUGCGGUCUCUGAGAGAAGCAAAAAGAAUGGCUGGCAUGUUGUUUCAUCAGGAGGUGAAGACAAAAAGCCGAAACGAUAUUGUCAUGCUACCUACAUUGACAAGGUGGAGAAUCCGUAUGCUGAAUUUGUCAUCAAAUAUCAACCAUCCAUUCUACUUCGUGCGAAAGGCAUUAUCAAAGAGCUAAUAAUUCAGGAUUCUAAUUCGAGCAACUCAGCAUCAGGGUCCACUAUGUCAGAAGACCAUAGCAACAAUGUUUCCGAGCGUCGAAAUGCACCACAGGCAGACGCCGACGCGCCGAACCCGAAGCGCAGAAAACUCCCUCAACCCGAGGGGUCAUCUCGAGAUGCGACAGCAGAACUCAGGACUACGUCUAGAAAUGUCACAGGCACAGUUGGGGUUAAGAGAAAGCCAAAUGAAGAUUCUCGGGAACAGGGUGAACGGAUCCAGUCUCUAGAGAACGCCUUGAAAGUGUCACAGGAUGCGCUCAAAUCCAUUCAAUCUGAACUAGAUCGUUUGAAGUCGUUGAAGUCGACGGCUCCACAGAAUGCAUGCAAAAACGAGGGAGCAUCCCCAAUCAGUCUCGGUUCCGAUGAUGGCGACAUCAUCGAUCUGACUUUGGAAGACUGA